GCCCGGCCUGCCCCACACCGGGGUGCUAAGCCUCCCGCCCGUCCUAAGCGGAGACCCAGCGCCAUCCAUAAUUAAGUUCUUCCUGAGGGCGGGCUUCAGGUGCGCCUUCGGCAGGACAGUGCUAAUUCCAGCCCCUUUCGGGGCGCGUCUCCCCUGCGCUCUUCCCCCGUCUGGAAGCCCCCCUCCCACGCCCCGCGGCCCCCCUUCCUCGGGCCCGGGUUGUUGCUCGUGCGCUGCCGGGAAUGUCAAGGUCCCGCGCCCGCCAGGAGAGCUCGGUAAGUAUAUAAGGACAGAGGAGCGCGGGACCAAGAGACGGCGAAGGAGGGAUAGAAGAGCAGCGACCGAGAGAGGCCGCCGAGCGUCCCCGCCCUCAGAGAGCAGCCUCCCGGGACAGUGCCUCAGCCUGCCUGGAAGAUGCCGAGAUCGUGCUGCAGCCGCUCGGGGGCCCUGUUGCUGGCCUUGCUGCUUCAGGCCUCCAUGGAAGUGCGUGGCUGGUGCCUGGAGAGCAGCCAGUGUCAGGACCUCACCACGGAAAGCAACCUGCUGGAGUGCAUCCGGGCCUGCAAGCCCGACCUCUCGGCCGAGACUCCGGUGUUCCCGGGCAAUGGCGACGAGCAGCCUCUGACCGAGAACCCCCGGAAGUACGUCAUGGGCCACUUCCGCUGGGACCGAUUCGGCCGCCGCAACAGUAGCAGCGGCAGCGGCGCAGCGCAGAAGCGCGAGGACGUCGCGGCUGGCGAAGACCGCGGCUUGCUACCUGAGGGCGGCCCCGAACCCCGUGGCGAUGGCGCCGAGCCGGGCCCGCGCGAGGGCAAGCGGUCCUACUCCAUGGAGCACUUCCGCUGGGGCAAGCCGGUGGGCAAGAAGCGGCGCCCGGUUAAGGUGUACCCCAAUGGCGCCGAGGACGAGUCGGCCGAGGCCUUCCCCCUGGAGUUCAAGAGGGAGCUGACUGGCCAGCGGCCCCGGGCGGGGGAUGGCCCCGACGGCCCUGCCGACGACGGCGCGGGGCCCCGGGCCGACCUGGAGCACAGCCUGCUGGUGGUGGCCGAGAAGAAGGAUGAAGGCCCCUACAGGAUGGAGCACUUCCGCUGGGGCAGCCCGCCCAAGGACAAGCGCUACGGCGGCUUCAUGACCUCCGAGAAGAGCCAGACUCCCCUGGUGACACUGUUCAAAAACGCCAUCAUCAAGAACGCCUACAAGAAGGGCCAGUGAGGGCACAGCAGGGCCCUGGGGCUACCCUCCCCAGGGAGGUCGACCCCAAAGCCCCUGCUCUCCCCUACCCUGCUGCCGCCCAGCCUGGGGGCGGUGGUCGCGGCAGAUAUACAGCCUCUUAAAGCUGUCUGUAGUCAGGAAAUAAAACCUUUCAAAUUUCA